UUUUUUUGGUGAAGUGAUAUUUUCUCCCUAGUUUAAAAAAAAAAAAAAUGGCUAAUGGGAAAAACAAGAACAUGGUGUUACUUGUCACAACAGUUGCUUGCUUAUUACUCAGCUCACAAUUAGUUAUGUCUUAUCCUGCUUUUUUUCAUGUCUCAUGGGGUCUUGGUGUAUCACUCAGCAUAACCUUUAAGGCCGGUGAUUAUCUUGUAUUCACGUACGAUAAGACAAAGGAUAACGUGAUCAUGACUACUAAAAGAAGAUUUGAUACGUGCAAUGUAUUAGAUACUUCACCAGAAUCUAAAGGAGAAUACAAUGUAUUAGAUGUUUCACCAGCAUAUACAGGAGGAUACGGUAUAAUCUCGCUCCCAUUGGGCACAACUUAUUUCAUCUCUACUAUGCCUGGACGAUGUGCUCUUGGAGUGAAGCUAGCCAUCAGGGCUAUUUAAUCAUUUUAAUAUCUUACACCCCUUAAGGAGGAACAAUUAUAAAUGUAUUAAGUAUGACAUCAAAUUUCCGAAUAAAUAAAAAGAAAAUUAAACAAAAAAUUUGAUUUGAUUAUGAUAUAUAUAUGGUAUUUUGUGGAAUA